AUGAUCAACCAGAUUAAGGGCUGCGAUACCAUAUUCCAAGGUUUAGAAUUUUUAAUUAUAAAUGAUCAUUCAUAUUCGAUUGAAGAAAUACUAAUACCAGUUUUUAUUAAGACUGGAUUAACCAAAUAUAAAAUAAUAGAUAUUGUUGGCUCGGCUGACAAAAAUGAAAACAAAGAUUUCCCAAAAACUUCCGAACAAUUCAUUUCCCAAUAUGGUGGCAAUAUAAGUUGUAUUAUCUCACCACAUACUAAUUUCCCCUUCUACAAACUAGCUACAUGCCAAUUGUUAAUACCAGUGGCGAAACCAGAAUGGUGUAAAUCAUGUGAAUUAACAAAAAAAUUUUUAAGACCUAUUGGAUAUUCACCAGAUCCAAUCCAUAUUUUAAAAAAUACGCAGAUCUAUGUAUCUCAUCAAGCCUUUAAUAAUCACGAGAGUUUUCUUAUACAAAUAAUUAUCAACUAUUUAGGUGGGUUUACCAUUGAUUUUUUGUCCACUAGAGUCACUCAUAUCAUUGCAUUAAAUGAAAAUGAUCCUUCGAUCAUGGCUGUUGAAACUACAAAAAGAGACACAAACACUAAAAAUAAUAUUAUCAGUAAUAUAAAGUAUGUCUACCCCACAUGGCUUCUACAUUGCUUUAAAUCUUUACAAUUGGUUGACGAGGAGCAACAUUUAAUAAAAAUAAAAGAUAUUUCUGGUAGCAUGGAUAUCGAUGAUGUGAGCGAUAAUAGUGUAAAUACCAAUUCUAUUUUCGCGGUCCCAGAAAAAUGUUGGACUAUUAUUGAUAAUUUAGAGUAUAAUUUUGAAUCCUCAAUAUUCGAGCGACAAGCUUUUAAAAUUUCUUUUGAUUUGCAGUUACAUCCACAAUUUUAUAAGUUUUUUAAAAAAUUACUAACACAUUGUGGUGGAAUUGUUUCUGAUAACCAUAAAUUUCACGAUUGUUACAUUGGGUAUUCCACUUUUGCUAAGGAUUAUCCACAAAACGAUCAACAAGAAUACUCUAAUAUUGGAAAUAUAUGGUGGAUAUUUUAUAUGUUAAAAAUAAAUGAGUUCAGACCACCAACAGAUAAUUUAUUAUAUCAGCCAUUUAAACCGAUAUCUAACACUUUUGACAAAAAAGUUGUCGCUUGCUAUUCGAACUACAUAGGACAACAAAGAUUUUAUCUAUCUAUGCUAGUCAACGUAAUGCAGGGAGAAAUUACAGGUGAUUUUUCUAGAAAAAAUACUGUUUUAAUAUCUAGGCUACCAGUUGGGUUGAAAUAUGAAACAGCAAGAAGUGAGACCUGGAAUAUUCCCGUAGUUAAUCAUUAUUGGCUAGAAAAAUCCUAUUUAUGUGGUGAAUUUUUGCAAUACGAUUCUGAUCCAUAUUUCCGAAAAAUUCCAUUAGAAGUCGGGGAUGCUGGUAUUGGGAAUUCUGUGUAUCCAGGACAAUUAGGGGCAAAACCUUGUUGGGAUUCUAUUAGUAACGAUGAUUCUACUUUUGAAAACGCUAGCACCAAUACAGGAUUACCUUUACCAGAGGUAGUCUCAUUAGAUAAUAAUAGUGAUAAUGAUAAUAAUAGUGAUAAGAAUAAUGAUAAUAAUAAUAAUAAUAAUAAUAAUAAUAAUAAUAAUAAUAAUGAUAAUAAUGAUAAUAAUAAUAAUAAUAAUAAUGGUAAUGAUAAUAAUAAUAAUGAUAAUAAUAAUAAUAGUAAUAAUAAUAAUAGUAAUAAUAUUAAUGAUAACAGCAUGGAAGAUAUAGCUGUUGAUAAAAAAAACGAAACUUAUAACUCUGAAAAUAAGUUUGUUGAUACCGCUGCCUAUAAUGAAAUUAGAAGCAAAAAAGAUACAGAAAAUUCGGAUACAAAGGAAAUAUUCACAAAAGACGAAAUCAAGGUUGAAGAGGGUCAACAAAGAGAUUUAGUAAAUAUAGAGGAUAAAGCAUUGCCGAAUAAUGCUGAAACUUUUGAUUUAACUGUUCCAACCCUUGAGUCCACCAAUGAUUUCAACGUAAGUGGCCAUGUAACAUUACUAAAACAGAUACAAACGCCACCAACAAAUUCAACUAAUGCUGUACAGCCAACAGAUAAACAAGCCAUUAUUACCACCUCCGUACCGUCCUCGUCACCGAUCUCUGUGGAAGUGACUUCAUCUUCUCGCAAAGCAAAAACAAAGGCAUUUCAAAAAUUACAUACGGAUAUUGAAAAUUUAAAUGCAUUUCAGAAGCAAAUGUCUUACUCCAGCGGUAAUAGUGCUCAUAAUAAAGGCGGAAUGACAGCAGGCAACAAAAGAAAGGCAUCUGAUGUUUUAUUAUUAACGCCUCACGAGAAGGAAGAAAGAGAUAAUUUGCAUAAAAAAUUGAAAAGCAUAGAAAACAUGUUAACUGAAAAUAAAAUUGGUGUAUCAGGCGAAAAACAGUAUUUGACUAAUGGUACCAAGAAAAAUGGCAAAAAAAUAUAUGAUAUAAAAGCAUUAGUUACCGGUACUAAAAAAGAUAAACACGUCAGUGAUCUGGAAAUACAAAUGCUGCAGAAAAUAGGCAUAGAAAUAAUUGAUGAUAUAGAUACCAAUGACAGUAGUGUUUGCAAUAAAAAGUUAAAUGCCAUAAUUGCACCUAAAAAACUAAGGACUGCUAAGUUUUUGAAAAGUUUUGGAUUUCAACCAUUAAAAUAUUGCCUAUUACCACAGUUUAUCAAUAAAGUUUUGGAAAUACUUGAAAGGAGUUCGCUUCCACAGAUUCUUAAUGGAGAUAUUGAACAAAAUGUCAUAAUUUUCCCUAAACCUGAAGACUAUUUUAUACCUGAGAUGGAUAUGGAUUUAAUUAGGGAAAAAACAGCUUUGAAAAAUCAUAAGAUAUUUGAGAGAUGUAAUUUUAUAAAUGUCCAUAUCUCACAGGAUAUCCCAGGUGGUGUAAAUACGAUAGGAAAUAUUUUGAAAAACAAUGGUGUACAACAAGUCAAACCGGUAACUAAUGUGUCAAAUAAUAAGACUAAGUUUAAAGAUUUAAUUAAAAACAUUAAAAUGUUUGAAACUGGAAAUACUGGUACCAAAAACAGGAAGUUGGUUAUGAGUAAAGACGCUGAUGAAUAUGUACCUGAUUAUAUUUUUAUUGUAACCAAGUCAUCACAGGCGAAAUAUUAUAGUAAAUUAUGUCGUAAUGAUGGUAAUAAAAAUAACAAGGUGUUAAUAGUCGAGUGGAAUUGGUGUGUAAAAGCUAUUUUCGAUCUAGACGUUGAUUAUAAUGAACCAGAGUUUGUUAUCAUAAAACGUUGA